AUGGGCUUUCCUGCACAACUCUACCUGGCUUGGUGUCGGAGAUUUCAGCGUUGCGCCGCUACCUGCACGGAAGCCGUCAUCGAAGGAGUCGGAUCCAAGACAACCGACCUUGGAUGCCGCUGUUCAGACCUUGGCAGCGUCGCUGCUAAGAUGACUCCCUGCAUUGCUCUUAAGGGCAACUGCGACUUCGAUGACGUUCCCAACGAUACCGAUCUAACUGCAGGUUUGCCACGGACUCGAUUAGGGUCUGUAAAAGGUGGUGUACAUUAG